AUGAGUCAUGAGGAAGUGGGGAACGAAGAUGGUGGCGAUAUUGAUGAAACGUCCCACGAACUGGAAAUCACAGUGUCGGAGAUCCAGCAGGCGCUGCGGAAACUCUCGAUGAACAAGUCACCUGGUGUUGAUAUUCCGGCAGAGCUGAUCAAGGCGGCGGGUGAGGCUGGAGUGAGUAUGAUGUUGACAUUGUGUAACAAAAUUUGGAAAUCAAGGAUAUGGCCAACAGAAUGGAAAGCAUCGCUAUUUAUCCCACUUUUCAAGAAAGGAGACAAGGACUGCAAGAACUAUGGAACAAUUUCACUUAUCCCGCAUGCUAGCAAAGUUCUGCUACAUAUCAACCAGAGGAUGGAAAGUUAUGCAGCUCGUGAAAUUCCAACUGAACAGGCAGGCUUCGUGAAAGGGGCUUAUAUCAGAACCAUACAGCAAAUUAAUACCGAGAAAACGAAGGUGAUGACCAUCGGCUGUGAAGAAGGCGGAGAUUUGGUUACGUUGAAUGGGGUGAAGCUUGAGGACGUGGAUAGUUUCAACUACUUGGGAGCGUUCGUCAACCGAAUUGGUGGCUGCGACAAGGUGAUAAAAAGUCGUAUUGGACAAGCUAAAAGUGCUAUGACGCACCUGACAACAGUUUGGAAGAACCACCAUGUGUCAAAAAAGUCCAAAAUACGUCUGGUACAAGCCCUCAUAUUCCCCAAUGCAUCCUAUGCUUGCGAAAAAUGGGCACUAAACGUAGUGGACGAGCGGAGGAUUCAAGCAUUCGAGAUGUGGUGCUGGCGUAGAUUGCUUAGAGUACCAUGGACAGUGUGCAGCAGGAAGGAGAGUAUAAUCAAUGAGAUUGGGGUCAACACCAUUCUGCUAGGUCGGAUCGCGAAUCGUAUGUUGAAGUAUUUUGGCCCCAUAAUGAGGAGGGAGGGUGACAACCUGGAGAUCAUACUGCAGGGAAAGAUCGAAGGAAAACGAGGCAGAGGCAGGCAGAAGAGAAGAUACGGCGACACCAUCAAAGCGUUGAGCGGAUGUGGCAGCAUGGUUGGAGCAAUGAGACUAGCGGAAAAAUCGUGUGGAGUGGCGAUCCGUCGCUUUUGCUGCGUCAGCAAGCUGUCUACGCUAAAUCAAAUCGAAAUCUGCAAAUUCGCUGAGAAGCAAGGGCUUCUCGAAACUGCACCAUCUAGUAGCAGCUGA